AUGAUUCAAGAUAUAAACAAAGUCAUCUGCUCCGAAAUAAAGAGUGUGGAGCUAGAUAUACUAAGCAGCCAGGAGCUGAAAAAUAUUUCGUUUGGUAAGUUUGAGAAUCAAUUGUAUGAUUAUGAAAAAGGGGGAAAAGGAGGAGUGGUAAAUACAUUACGAUAUGAUCCGAGAUAUGGUACAGUGGACAGUAAACAAAUUUGUUCCGUUUGUUAUGAAAAACAUGAUAACUGUUUUGGUCAUAUAGGUCAUAUAGAUUUUGCAUUACCUGUAUUUAAUCCAUUAUUUUAUAAAGAUUUACAUGAACUAUUAGGUUUAGUUUGUUUUAAUUGUUAUAGUUUUUGUUAUUCCGAGGAUAUAAUAUUUUUACUAAAACACAUUUUUCAGUUAAAGGCAUUAAAUGAAAUUGAAAGUACGAAUAAAUUUGUGUGCAAAAAAAAUAGCAAUUUUACAUAUAUAAUAGAUGAAAUAGAUAGACUAUACAAAAAAAUAUGCAAAGAUUCAAGUAUAUCUAUGGAGGAUAUUGCUGAAACGAUAUGUCAGGAUUAUGUAAAAAGUAAAGAAAAGAAAGGAAAUCAUGGCGAUGAAGGCGGUAGUGCUGUUGCUGAUGAUGAUAAUAAUGAUGAUGAUGGUGAUGAUGAUUAUGAUAAUAAGAAAGAACAAAUAGUGAGUAAAUUAUUCAACGGAAUAGACGAAACGAAGGAGGAAGAGGGAAGGGGACAAAUGGGCAAAUACCAUGUGAAGAAAGAAGAAGAAGAAGAAGAAGGAGUAGCAGAGGAGGAGGUAGACAUUAACAUGUUAAAGGAAAAAAUUCGAAAAUAUAAAUUUGAUCCGAAUAAAUUAGCUUUCCAGGCUAAUUAUAAUUAUGAGGAGUAUCUUAUUUUGAAUAAAAUGAUCAAAAUCUGUAUGAAGAAAAGAUCAAGAUGCGCAAAUUGUAAAUUUCAUAAAAGCAUAACAGUAAAAAUGUCGACUAAUAAAGACACUAUAGAUUUUGUAGGAAUUCAUUCUAAUAGUACCUUUUUUAGAAAAUACAUGUUUAAGAAGGAAAAAAUUGAAGAGGACAAUUUGGACUUAAAUGAACAUGCGGGGGGAGAUGCAGAGGAGGAAGGAUUGGAAGGGAUGGAAGGAGUGGAAGGAUUGGAAGGAGUGGAAGGAUUGGAAGGAGUGGAAGGAUUGGAAGGAUUGGAAGGAUUGGAAGGAGUGGAAGGAUUGGAAGGAGUGGAAGGAGUGGAAGGAGUUAACGAAGCGAAGGAAACUUUUGAAAAGAAGAAUAAACAAAUUUUCAAUAACAGUUAUGGGGGAAAAUCAUCUAGAGAUAACAAAAAAAGUGUUGCAAACAAAACAGGUAUAAACGAAUUUACACAAUUGACUGAUGCGUAUAAUAAGCUUAAGGCAAAGGAAAAGUGCACUGUUCGCCUAUUCAGUUUUCAAAUUGUAGAUAUAUUGAAAAAAAUAUUUGUAAAAAGAAAUAAAGAAGCUUUAGAUUUAUUAUACCCAUUUACAAAAAAGAAUGGGUAUAAAGUUUUUUUUUUAUAUAAUAUGGGAAUUAGUGCAAAUAGGUUCCGACUGAUAUAUAGAGGAGUACAUAAAAGAAUGAAGAUGAUAAGGAAUUUGUAUAGAUUUAAUAGUUAUGUAAUAUUAUGUAUAAAUGCUAAAAAAGAAAUAAAUUUUGAUAAUAUAUUAGAAAAUAAUAAAAAGGAAUUAGGUUUAUAUAAAAGUAUAUUUAAUUUUUUUUCCUUAAAAUUUAGAUAUAAAUUAAAUUCAGAAUUGAUGGAUAAUGAUACAGAUAUUACCAAGUCUGAUUUCUUAAAACAUUAUUCAUUAUUUUAUAGAAAUAAAAGUUCAUAUAUAAAUGUGCUUUUUACAAAUUUACAAAUAGCAGUAAAUACAUUUUAUGAUAGUACAAUAGCACAAAAAACUCGUAAUAAAAAUAUUUCAAAUAUAGGUUUAAGAGAAAUAUUAGAUAAAAAAGAAGGUAUUCUAAGAAAAAGUAUUAUGGGUAAAAGAGUAAAUAAUUGUGCUCGAACUGUUAUUUCACCAGAUACAUUUAUAGAAACCAAUUACAUUGGAGUUCCACUUGAAUUUGCAAAAGCAUUAACAAUUGAUGAACCUGUUACUGAACGAAAUUUUGAAUAUUUAAGUAAAUUAAUAGAAAAUGGCCCCGAUAUAUAUCCAGGUGCAUUAAGUUAUAAAGAUACCAAGGGAAGAGUAUUCAAAUUACCUCAUAAUUAUGAACAAAGAUUAUAUAUCCUAGAUCUUAUCAAAAAGUUUUACCAAAAAAAUAACUAUGGAUUCAUAACUGUACAUAGGCAUGCACGUGAUGGAGAUAUAGUCAUUAUGAAUAGACAACCGACAUUACAUAAAUAUUCUAUCAUGGCUCAUUUUAUCAAAGUUUUUGAAAAAGAAAAAGUGUUCAGAUUAAAUUAUGUUAAUUGUAGUUCAUAUAAUGCUGAUUUUGAUGGAGAUGAAAUGAAUUUACAUUUAUUACAAACCCCAUUAGCUAGAGCAGAAGCUACUCAUUUGAUGAACUCAGACUUUUUAUUUACUAAUUUUAAAGAUGGCUCACCAUUGAGAGGGUUGACACAGGAUUUUAUUCUAGGUGGAUUACAUUUAACUUCAUUGGAAACGUUCUUGAACUAUGAUGAAUAUUGUAACUUGCUGCAAUGCUCGCUUAACUGUCUGCUUUCACAGAAGAACGCCUUUUUCUUUAAGCAGAAAAGAGGGGUAGCAAACUCCUUGGUAAAUGGCUCGCGAAGUGGCAGUAUGAUUAACAUCCACAGUGCGCAUAAUGACAAAGACGAUAUUGGAACCAAGCCACAAAAUGGUCAAGAUACACCUAAAAGAUUCAGUGGAAACAUUCUUAAACUGAACAAUUACAGCUACCUAGACCCCUAUGCAACUGUCUUAAAUAGAACAACGUUCAGCAUAGUUACAGAAGGACCGGCGAUACUAUUUCCAAAGAGAUUAUGGACGGGUAAGCAAUUAAUAACUAGUAUAUUGAAGACAAUAAUUGAUAGAGUUGCUAUAGAAACAUAUAACAGAUAUGGAGAGAACGAAUUUAUGAAAAAUUAUAAGGGAAUAAAUUAUAUAGCUAGUGCAAAAACUGCUGCUGAUUUAUGGUCCUUUGACCCAAAUAAUGAAUGUGAAGUUAUUAUUAGAAAUUCGGAACUACUGCAAGGGGUAUUGGACAAACUACAUUUUGGUGCUAGCUCGAAUAGUUUUGUACAUUUAUGUUAUGAACUAUUUGGACCUAAAACUGCUGCUGUGAUGCUUGAUUGCUUUGGUCGUUUAUUUAUAAGCUUCUUACAAAUGCGUGGUACAAGUUUAAGUCUGUAUGAUUUUAUUUUAAAAAAAGAAGCUAAACAAGAAAAAACAAAAAUUAAAAGAAGAAUAUCUUUUACAGGAUUUUAUUUACAAAAUUUAUUUGUUAAUUCGAUUGCAAAGUCCUUAAAUGUGGAUAUUAAUGAUAUGAAUUUUUACAGUAAAAAAAAUAUAUGCACAGGUCAGGAAAAUAAAGAUUUAGUUGUCAGUAAUUUGUAUGACUUGUACAGGAAAAAGGAGGAAAUUAUAAAAAAUUGUGAACAAGUAAGGUCAAACAGGUUGGGACAAAAUAGUUGUACAAAUGAGAAUGAGGAAAAAAGAAGAACACCAUUAGAAGGGGGGAGAAAUUUUAAAAGGAAAAAAAUGAUUCAAGAUUGUAAUGGUAUAUUUUUGUAUGAUAAGAAUUCAGAAAAUGCUGAGGUGAAGUACAGUUACACAGAUACAGCAAAUGACGAUAGUGUUAUACUAAAAACUGAACAGAGCAUGGCCAUAAAUGAGGAACCUUAUUUUAUUGCUCUAUUUAAUAAAGAAAUAGAGAGAAUCUUUUUGCAAAGCGAGGAUUAUGAUGUUGAUGGUGAAAAGAGUUAUAUCAGUAGGGAUAAUGAAAAAGGAUACAAUAAAAAUAGCACGUCGAAGACGGGAAAAACUGCUCAGUCCCUUAUUGAGUGUGCACUUAAAAAGAUUAAUUCAGACAUUUUAGAAAAGUACGUGAAUAGUAGAAGCAGAAAUGGAAGCAGUUUCAACGAUUUGGAUGCAGUUCCUUUGGAAGAGACGGACGAAGAGAAACACGCGUUUCUCCUGAAUGUAGUAACUCAUAGGUUAUACAACGCGUUGAAGGAGCCAUCAUUUUUUAGGAGUUCCAAUUUUAGAGGAGACAAAAUAAUGAGAGUAAUUGAGAAGGUUCUUCACUUUUUAAAGGAAGCAGAAUGCAAUAAAAAACUAAAAGUGUACAUACUAUUUGAGCUUUUUCAAAAUAAAAAUAUUCUAAAGUAUUUCCCUUCACUUGUUAAUUAUGUAUAUAAUUUUGAAUACCAUUUGAGUGAUAAAGAGAUAUGGAAGACUGUUCUGAAAAAUGUAUUAUCAAAGGAAGCGGGGGAACUGGAUGAAGAAGAGGAGGGGAAGGGUUGCUAUAAUUCUCCUAUUAAGGGAAGAAAUGCAUGCGAUGAAUUAUACAAAGAACAUCUUAAAAAAGAAACAAAAGAACAUAAAAUUAGAAGGAUAUGUAAAGAGUUUUAUGAACAUGUGCAGGAAAAAGGGAAUCCUAUGGAUAAUAAUAACAAUAGGUAUUAUGUAAAUACAAAUUUUAGCUACAAUAGUAAUGGGGAAAUGAUAAGUGAUUGUAAUUAUGUCGGUGCAGAUGCAGAGGGAAUGUUAGAUCAUAUGUAUGAUGAACAUUUUUUAAAGAAUUGUUUCAUAUCUAGUAUGCCGUCCUUUAUACUGAAUGAUGAUAUAUGUAAUUUGUCCUUUAAUGGGAAAAAUCAUUAUUAUGAAUAUUAUGUAAAUAAGAAAGAAGUGGAAGAGGAUUCUUAUUUUAGAUUUGAUAAUAUGAGGGAUAUAUAUUACAAAACUGAGUAUCUCAUAAAUACAUAUUUUCCUUUACAAAGGGAUGAGUUUGAUGGUUUAAUUGACUCCUUAUCUCAACCAUAUUUAUGUCGUGUAUCAUCAAAUACUAAUAGUUUAAUAAAUAUGAAUAAUUUGAUAAAUAAAUUUUUGAAUAACGGGUUUAGUAAUAUGAUUUUUACUGGAGCAAAAGGAAGUAAAGUUAAUUAUUCGAUGAUAUGUGGUAUGUUAGAUCAACAAUAUUUAGAAGGUAAAAGAGUACCUAGAAUGAAAUCAGGAAAAACACUUCCAAGUUUUCAUAAAUAUGAUUAUGGAGCAAGAGCAUGUGGAUUAAUUACAGAUUGUUUUUUAGAAGGAUUAAGACCACAAGAAUAUUUUUUUCAUUGUAUGUCAGGAAGAGAAGGAUUAAUAGACACAGCAGUGAAGACAGCCAAGUCAGGUUAUAUACAAAGGUGUUUAAUAAAAUGUAUGGAAUCAGUGAUAUUACAUUAUGAUGGAACUGUUCGAAAUGAAGAUAAUGCGAUCGUUCAGUUUUUAUAUGGAGAAGAUGGAAUAGAUCCGUCAAAAACUGCGUACUUAGAUGUAACAAAAGAUUUAAUAUACAAUCAUCAGUUAUCAUUUAGUAAAUAUAUAAGUCAUGGAAUAAGUAAAAAAAUUGUGCAUAAUGAGGAGUUAUUUAAAAUGUGUAAUGGGGAUAGUAAUGAUAAUGGUAGUGGCAAUGGUAGUGAUAAUGGUAGUGGCAAUGGUAGUGGCAAUGGUAGUGGCAAUGGUAGUGAUAAUGGUAGUGAUAAUGAUUAUAAUAUUAGUCAUAAUAGCGAUAGAACAAAUGGCAGAAGAAAGAGACAACAUGAAGAACCGCUGAUAAGCACAUAUAAUCCGUAUACUUACAUAGGUGCAAUAUCGGAUAAAUUUGAAGAAAAGAUUAAUAAAUUUUUAAUGAAUGAUAUAAGUUUAUUAAACAACUAUGAUGACUUACCAGAAAAUUUUGACUUGCUUGCUUCUACUCUUAUGAAAUCAAAAUAUUAUAAUUCGUUAUGUAGCCCAGGUGAAUCUAUAGGGAUUUUAGUUGGACAGUCUUUUGGUGAACCGGCUACUCAAAUGACUCUAAAUACAUUUCACUUAGCUGGUACAGAAAAUGUAACAAUGGGAAUACCUAGAUUGAAAGAAAUUUUUCUAACUUCCAAAAUCACAUCAAAACCUAUGAUAUAUGUUCCUAUUAAAAUCGAAUUAAAUAUAGAUGAUCCUGAUAAAAUGAAAAAAUAUAUUACCAGUGUUGCUGAUAAAAUUUUAAGCUCUUACAAAAGUAUACAACUGAGUGAUGUUAUAUAUGGCAUAGGGGUGGAAAGAAAAAUUAUUCUAAAAGAUAAAGAGAAAAAUACGCAAGUGCAUUCGAUAAAUUUGUCCAAACUUGAACAUAGGAACAGUAAUAAUGAGUAUAUCUCCAGUAGGUACAAUAAUGAGUAUGCCUUCAAUGAGGACAGUCAUCCCAUUAAUUGCAAUUACAGUAAUAAGAACUCAUUUGAAGAUGAUUAUUUGGAUGUAGAAAAAAUUAUGAAUGAGGUAAAAAAAACAAACUUAAAUUUUGAUCUAAAUAAAGAAUGGAAUUAUGAAAUCAUUAUUCAAUUUGAAAACCUUCAUCAUUUCUGUACUGUUAAUAAACAUAUUACUAUAUCUUCUAUACUUUAUAAAGUGGUAAGUCUUCUUCUAACAUCUGUACUUAGUAGAAUAGCAGAAUCCAUGAGUGUACACAAUUUAUAUUCAGUCAAUGCUUUGAAUCAUGAAUAUUAUGACGAGCUAUUUGAUUUCAUUAGUAGCAAAAUGAGUGAAGAGUUUAGUUACCUAUAUGAUGAGAUUGAUUAUAAAAAUGAUGAAGAACAAAUAAAUGCAAAACUAAAAUUCAUGUCCAAAGGUGAAGACGAACAUAAUGAUACAGGUUAUUUACGAAGUAGUACCAAAUUUAAAUCAAAAGAAAAUUUUGAUAGUUCAAUAAAACCACAAAAGAAUAAAGAAUAUUCUAAUAUGGAUGAAGAUAAUAUUUUCUAUGUUGACACUAUGAAUGAUAGGAUGAAUGAUGAUCAGUCCAUUGAAGAGGAAAGCAAUUUUUUAGCAGAAGAGAAGGGAACCACGUCCGAGGGUAAUGUCGAUGGACAGGGGGGGGAGGUGGAUUCACGCAGUGAGAAAGGGGAAGAAGACACAGCCACCGAGGACGAGAGGGAGUACGACGAAAGUGAAGAUGAAGAGGAGAUCAGCAGUAGGGGGGGAGACGAUAAAGCAAGUAGUGAUGACGAUGAUAAUGCAAGUAGUGAUGACGAAAUGGAAGAGAAGGAGCAAAUAAUAAACAAAGGGAAAAAGACACUAGAGAAACGUAAUAAGGGAAAACUCGGAAGGGAGAAAAAUCCCCCUAGAUUGAGAAGAAGCAGUAGUAGUAGUAGUAGUAGUGGUGGUGGUAAUAAUAGUAGUAGGAAUAGUAGUAAACGUACCAAGUUUGAUAAAGAGAGCAAAUGUAAACAGAGUCCUAGCGAAUUUGCAUAUUCACAGGAAAACAGCUGCAUAAGUAAUAGAAGCUCAAGAAAUGCUUCGAAGUCUUUGGAAUUGUUGUACAACACCUCAACAACUGUAAAUUCUCUUUCGUCUGAAGCAAGUGUUACACAUAAUAUAUUAGUAGAUGAAAAAUCAGAUGAGUUCAUUAAUAUGAAAGAUAAUAAAAUGCAUAAUCAUAAAAAAAGGCAAAAUAAUGAAGAAAAUAAAUUAAGAGAAUAUAAAAAAAGAUCGAAGAUAAAACGUAAAGAAUUUUCAACAGUUGAAUCAACGUCAUUUGCUUCUUCUUUAUCAUCAUUAGCAUUAUCAGGGGGAUCUACACAAAGUGAAAGAAUAAGUGAAGAGGAAGAUACAGAAGCGGGAGAUGACGACAGUGAGAAAGAAGAACAUAUUAUUGCAAAAGAUUUUUCAAAAUAUUCGUACGAUUAUAAAAAUAACAUCAACUUAUCCAAUUCUGAAAGUGAAUAUGAACAAGAAGAAGAACAGAACGAUUUAUCCAAAAAUAAUAUUUAUGAACCAAGAUAUGUUAAAAGCAUUGUUGACAAAAUAAAAAGUAGUUUACUUUGUUUUAUAAAAAAAAUUAGCUUCUCUCCUGUUACUUGGACCUUGAAACUUGAAAUUUCGUGGGAUAUCAACUUUUUCCCAUAUUCAAUAGAUUUUUUAGAAUCUGUAAAAUACGACAUUUCGAAAGAAAUUUUAUUCAAAAUUAAUGAUUUAAAUAAUCCUAAAAUAUUAAAAGGAAAAGACAUAACUCAUAGUGGUCAAGAAUAUGAAUUACAAAUUGAAGGAAAAAACAUUUAUAAAUUGUACAGUAUUAAAGAUAAAUAUAUUGAUAAAACAAAAUUAUACUGCAAUGAUAUUUACGCAAUUGUAAAAACUUAUGGUAUUGAAGCUGGAAGGUUAUGUAUAACGAAAGAGUUGAAAAAAGUUUUCGAGGCAUACGGAAUUUCAAUCGAUUUUAGGCAUUUAUCUUUUAUUAGUGAUUUUAUGACCCAUACAGGUGACUUGAAGCCUUUUAACAGAUAUGGACUGGGCUGUUUUCGUAAUGUUCUUCAGAAAAUGAGUUAUGAAUGUGCAACCAACUUUUUAGAACAGGGUUGUGUACAUAAGUCAAUUGAUUACUUAUCAACGGCUUCGAGCAGCUUAUUUUUUGGAAAACCCAUAAAAGUAGGGACCAAUGUAGCUGAUAUAGUAGCAUGUAUUGGGGGAAGCAACUGA